UCUAAUGUGCUGUUUUUUUCUUUUUGCCUUUGUUUUAGCAUUGCAAUGUCGAGAUGACUACGAGCCCUGUGUGAAUGAAGGAAUUUGUGUAACCUUCCACAAUGGCACAGGAUACUGCAAGUGUCCAGAGGGCUUCUUGGGAGAAUACUGCCAACAUCGAGAUCCCUGUGAGAAGAACCGCUGCCAGAAUGGCGGGACCUGUAUGGCCCAGGCCAUGCUGGGGAGAGCUACCUGCCGGUGCGCCCCGGGGUUCACCGGGGAGGACUGCCAGCACUCGACCUCUCACCCCUGCUUUGUGACUCGUCCCUGCCAGAACGGAGGCACCUGCCACAUGCUCAGCCGGGACACCUAUGAGUGUACCUGCCAAGUCGGGUUUACAGGGAAGCUGUGCCAGUGGACUGACGCCUGCCUGUCCCAUCCCUGUGCAAACGGAAGCACCUGCACCACUGUGGCCAACCAGUUCUCCUGCAGAUGCCUCGUGGGCUUCACGGGGCAGAAGUGCGAGGCUGAUGUCAAUGAGUGUGACGUUCCAGGACAGUGCCAGAAUGGCGGCACCUGCCUCAACCUGCCUGGCUCCUACCAGUGCCAGUGCUCCCGGGGCUUCACGGGCCAGCGCUGUGACAGCCCCUACGUGCCCUGUGCACCCUCGCCCUGUGUCAACGGAGGCACCUGCCGGCAGACCGGCGACUUCACCUUUGAUUGUAGCUGUCUUCCAGGUUUUGAAGGGAGCACCUGUGAGCGGAAUAUUGACGACUGCCCGAACCACCGGUGUCAGAAUGGAGGGGUCUGUGUGGAUGGUGUCAACACUUACAACUGCCGCUGCCCACCUCAGUGGACAGGACAAUUCUGCACAGAGGACGUGGAUGAGUGCCUGCUGCAACCCAAUGCCUGUCAGAAUGGAGGCACCUGCACCAACCGCAAUGGGGGCUAUGGCUGCGUGUGUGUGAACGGCUGGAGUGGAAAUGACUGCAGUGAGAACAUCGAUGACUGUGCCUUUGCAUCCUGCACCCCGGGCUCCACCUGCAUCGACCGUGUGGCCUCCUUCUCCUGCAUGUGUCCCGAGGGGAAGGCAGGGCUCUUAUGUCAUCUGGACGAUGCCUGCAUCAGCAAUCCUUGCCACAAGGGGGCGCUGUGUGAUACCAACCCCCUGAAUGGGCACUACAUCUGCACCUGCCCACAAGGCUACAAAGGAGCCGACUGCACAGAAGACGUGGACGAGUGCGCCAUGACCAACAGCAAUCCUUGCGAGCACGCAGGAAAGUGUGUGAACACAGAUGGUGCCUUCCACUGCGAGUGCCUGAAGGGCUACGCGGGGCCUCGCUGCGAGAUGGACAUCAACGAAUGCCACUCGGACCCCUGCCAGAACGAUGCCACCUGCCUGGAUAAGAUAGGUGGCUUCACCUGCCUGUGCAUGCCAGGUUUCAAAGGUGUGCACUGUGAAAUGGAGAUAAACGAAUGCCAGAGCAACCCCUGUGUGAACAGCGGGCAGUGCGUGGACAGAGUCAAUCGCUUCCAGUGUCUGUGUCCCCCUGGUUUCACGGGGCCAGUCUGCCAGAUUGACAUCGACGACUGCUCCAGUACUCCGUGUCUGAACGGGGCCAAGUGUAUCGAUCACCCGAAUGGCUACGAAUGCCAGUGCGCCACAGGUUUCACUGGUCUGUUGUGUGAGGAGAACAUCGACAACUGUGACCCUGAUCCCUGCCACCACGGCCAGUGCCAGGAUGGGAUUGAUUCCUACAUUUGCGUCUGCAACCCCGGGUACAUGGGUGCCAUCUGCAGUGACCAGAUCGACGAGUGUUACAGCAGUCCGUGCCUGAACGAUGGACGCUGCAUCGACCUCGUGAAUGGCUACCAGUGCAACUGCCAGCCGGGCACGUCAGGAGUUAAUUGUGAAAUUAAUUUUGAUGACUGUGCGAGCAACCCUUGUGUCCAUGGUAUGUGUGUGGACGGCAUCAGUCAUUACAGUUGUGUCUGCUCGCCAGGAUUCGCAGGGCAGCGAUGUAACAUUGACAUCGAUGAGUGCGCUUCCAAUCCCUGCCGCAAGGGUGCCACGUGCAUCAACGAUGUGAACGGUUUCCGCUGCAUCUGCCCCGAAGGUCCCCAUCACCCCAGCUGCUACUCGCAGGUGAAUGAGUGCCUGAGCAAUCCCUGCAUCCACGGGAACUGCACUGGGGGCCUCAGCGGAUACAAGUGCCUCUGUGAUGCAGGCUGGGUUGGAAUCAACUGUGAAGUGGACAGAAAUGAAUGUCUUUCCAACCCGUGCCAGAAUGGAGGAACCUGUGAUGAUCUGGUGAACGGAUACAGAUGCACUUGCAAGAAAGGCUUUAAAGGCUACAACUGCCAGGUGAACAUUGAUGAAUGUGCGUCCAAUCCGUGUCUGAACCAAGGAACCUGCUUUGACGACAUCAGUGGCUACACUUGCCAGUGUGCGCUGCCCUACACAGGCAAGAAUUGUCAAACGGUGUUGGCUCCCUGUUCCCCAAACCCUUGUGAGAAUGCUGCUGUUUGUAAAGAAGCACCAAAUUUUGAGAGUUACACUUGCUUGUGUGCUCCUGGCUGGCAAGGUCAGCGAUGUACGACUGACGUUGAUGAGUGCGUCUCCAAGCCCUGCCUGAACCACGGUGUCUGCCAUAACACCCGGGGCAGUUACAUGUGUGAGUGUCCCCCUGGCUUCAGUGGUGUGGACUGCGAGGAGGACAUCGACGACUGCCUUGCCAAUCCUUGCCAGAACGGAGGUUCCUGUGUGGAUGGCACAAACGCUUUCUCCUGCAUGUGCCUCCCUGGCUUCGCUGGGGAUAAGUGUCAGACCGACACGAACGAGUGCCAGAGCGAGCCCUGUAAGAACGGGGGGACCUGCUCCGACUAUGUUAACAGCUACACCUGCAGGUGCCAGGCGGGCUUCGAUGGGGUCCACUGCGAGAACGACAUUGACGAGUGCACCGAGAGCUCCUGUUUCAAUGGUGGCACCUGUGUGGAUGGAAUUAACUCCUUCUCUUGCCUGUGCCCUGUGGGCUUCACUGGUCCCUUCUGCCUUCACGAGAUCAAUGAAUGCAACUCUCACCCAUGCCUGAACGAGGGGACGUGUGUGGACGGCCUGGGCACCUACCGCUGCACCUGCCCUUUGGGCUACACUGGGAAGAACUGCCAGACCCUGGUGAAUCUCUGCAGCCGGUCUCCAUGUAAAAACCACGGCUCUUGUGUUCAGGAAAAGGCCGAGUCCCGGUGCCUGUGUCCAUCUGGGUGGACUGGUGCCUACUGUGACGUGCCCGAUGUCUCCUGUGAAACGGCAGCCCGCAGUAAAGGUGUGCUUGCCAAGCACCUGUGCCGGAACUCAGGCGUCUGCAUCAACGCUGGCAACACGCACCACUGCCAGUGCCCGCUGGGCUACACGGGAAGCUACUGCGAACGGCAGCUGGAUGAGUGUGCUUCCAAUCCCUGCCAGCACGGUGCCACCUGCAGCGACUUCGUUGGCGGAUACAGAUGUGAGUGUGUUCCGGGGUACCAGGGUGUCAACUGCGAAUAUGAAGUAGAUGAGUGUCAGAAUCAGCCGUGCCAGAACGGAGGCACCUGCGUGGACCUCGUGAACCAUUUCAAGUGCUCAUGCCCGCCAGGCACUCGGGGCCUGCUCUGUGAAGAGAACAUCGACGACUGCGCCGGGGGACCCCUCUGCCUCAAUGGCGGCCAGUGUGUGGACAGGAUUGGGGGCUUCAGUUGUCGCUGCUCGGCAGGCUUCGCUGGGGAGCGGUGUGAGGGGGACAUCAAUGAGUGCCUGUCCAACCCCUGCAGCUCUGAGGGCAGCCUGGACUGCAUCCAGCUCACCAAUGACUACCAGUGUGUCUGCCGAAGCGCCUUCACCGGCCGUCACUGUGAAACCUUCGUGGAUGUGUGUCCUCAGAUGCCUUGUCUGAAUGGAGGGACUUGUUCUGUGGCCAGCAACAUGCCUGAUGGUUUCAUUUGUCGUUGUCCUCCUGGGUUCUCGGGAGCAAAAUGCCAGAGCAGCUGUGGACAAGUGAAGUGCAGGAAAGGGGAGCAGUGUGUGCACACGGCCUCCGGGCCCCGCUGCUUCUGCCCCAACCCCGAGGAAUGCGAGUCGGGCUGUGCCAGCAGCCCCUGCCAGCACGGGGGCAGCUGCUCCCCUCAGCGCCAGCCUCCGUACUACUCUUGCCACUGCUCUGCCCCGUUCUGGGGCAGCCGCUGUCAGUUCUACACGGCCCCUACCAGCACGCCUUCUGUCACCUGCGCGAGUCAGUACUGCGCUGACAAAGCUCGGGACGGUGUGUGCGACGAGGCCUGCAACAGCCACGCCUGCCAGUGGGACGGAGGCGACUGCUCCCUCACCAUGGAGGACCCCUGGGCCAACUGCUCCUCCCCGCUGCCCUGCUGGGACUACAUCAACAACCAGUGCGACGAGCUGUGCAACACGGCCGAGUGUCUGUUCGACAACUUUGAAUGCCAAGGAAGCAGCAAGACCUGCAAGUAUGACAAGUACUGUGCCGACCACUUCAAAGACAACCACUGUGACCAGGGCUGCAACAGUGAGGAAUGCGGCUGGGACGGGCUGGACUGUGCCACCGACCGGCCUGAGAACCUGGCAGAGGGGACUCUGGUCAUCGUGGUGCUGAUGCCCCCUGAGCAGCUGCUGCAGGACGCUCGCAGCUUCCUGCGGGCACUGGGCACCUUGCUGCACACCAACCUGCGCAUCAAACAGGACUCCCAGGGGGCCCCCAUGGUGUACCCCUACUACGGGGAGAAGUCAGCUGCCGUGAGGAAGCAGAAGGUGUCACGAAGGUCUCUUCCUGAUGAACAAGAACAGGAGGUGGCUGGCUCUACAGUGUUUCUGGAAAUUGACAACCGCCAGUGUGUGCAAGACUCCGAGCAGUGCUUCAAGAACACAGACGCGGCCGCGGCUCUGCUGGCCUCUCAUGCUAUCCAGGGAACCCUGUCCUACCCUCUUGUGUCUGUCGUCAGUGAAUCGCUGAUUCCAAAAGGCACUCAGCUCCUCUAUCUGCUCGCUGUCGCUGUUGUCCUUGUCCUGUUUAUUAUCCUGCUGGGAGUAAUCAUGGCAAAACGGAAGCGCAAGCAUGGCUCCCUCUGGCUGCCCGAAGGUUUCACCCUUCGCCGAGAGUCCAGCAACCACAAGCGGCGGGAGCCUGUGGGACAGGAUGCGGUUGGGCUGAAAAACCUGUCCGUGCAAGUUUCAGAGGCUAACCUCAUUGGUUCCGGAACAAGUGAACACUGGGUGGACGAUGAAGGACCCCAACCAAAGAAAGCCAAGGCUGAAGACGAGGCUUUGCUCUCAGAAGAAGAUGACCCCAUCGAUCGACGCCCAUGGACACAGCAGCACCUGGAAGCCGCAGACAUCCGUCGGACGCCAUCUUUGGCUCUGACUCCUCCUCAGGCGGAGCAGGAGGUGGACGUGCUGGACGUGAAUGUCCGGGGCCCAGAUGGGUGCACCCCACUGAUGUUGGCUUCUCUCCGAGGAGGCAGCUCAGAUAUGAGUGAUGAGGAUGAAGAUGGAGAGGACUCUUCUGCCAAUAUCAUCACAGACCUGGUCUACCAGGGCGCCAGUCUCCAAGCACAGACAGACCGGACUGGUGAGAUGGCCCUGCACCUUGCGGCCCGAUACUCGAGGGCUGACGCUGCCAAGCGCCUCCUGGAUGCAGGUGCAGAUGCCAAUGCUCAGGACAACAUGGGCCGCUGCCCCCUCCAUGCCGCAGUGGCAGCUGAUGCCCAAGGCGUCUUCCAGAUUCUGAUCCGCAACCGAGUAACUGAUCUGGAUGCCAGAAUGAAUGAUGGCACCACGCCGCUGAUCCUGGCCGCCCGCCUGGCCGUGGAGGGAAUGGUGGCGGAGUUGAUCAACUGCCAGGCAGAUGUGAAUGCAGUGGAUGACCACGGAAAAUCAGCUCUUCACUGGGCAGCUGCUGUGAACAACGUGGAGGCUACUCUUCUGCUGUUAAAAAAUGGAGCCAACCGCGACAUGCAGGACAACAAGGAAGAGACUCCUCUGUUUCUCGCUGCCCGGGAGGGGAGCUACGAAGCAGCCAAGAUCCUGUUGGACCAUUUUGCCAAUCGGGACAUCACGGACCACAUGGAUCGCCUUCCCCGGGACGUGGCUCGGGACCGCAUGCACCACGACAUUGUGCGCCUCCUGGAUGAGUACAACGUGACCCCAAGCCCCCCGGGCACUGUGCUGACUUCCGCGCUCUCGCCGGUCAUCUGCGGGCCCAACAGGUCGUUCCUCAGUCUGAAGCACACCCCGAUGGGCAAGAAGCCCAGACGGCCCAAUGCCAAGAGCGCCAUGCCCAGUAGCCUCCCCAACCUUGCCAAGGAGGCCAAGGAUGCCAAGGGUAGCAGGAGGAAGAAGUCUCUGAGUGAGAAGGUCCAGCUGUCUGAGAGCUCAGUGACUUUAUCCCCCGUCGACUCUCUCGAGUCUCCUCACACGUACAUGUCUGACACCACAUCCCCCGGCAUCUUACAGGCCUCACCCAACCCUCUGUUGGCCGCUGCCGCACCCCCAGCCCCGGUCCAUGCGCAGCAUGCCCUGUCUUUCUCUAACCUUCACGAAAUGCAGCCUUUGGCUCCCGGGGCCAGCACCGUGCUCCCCUCUGUGAGCCAGCUCCUGUCCCACCACCACAUUGUCCCCCCAGGCAGCGGCAGUGCAGGAAGCUUGAGUAGGCUCCGUCCCGUCACUGUGCCAGCAGAUUGGAUGAACCGCAUGGAGAUGAACGAGACCCAGUACAAUGAGAUGUUUGGCAUGGUCCUGACUCCCACCGAGGGCACCCACCCCGGCAUGGCUCCCCAGAGCAGGCCACCCGAAGGGAAGCACAUCAGCACCCCACGGGAGCCCUUGCCCCCCAUCGUGACUUUCCAGCUCAUCCCCAAAGGCAGCAUUGCCCAGCCAGCUGGGGCUUCCCAGCCUCAGUCCGCCUGCCCUCCAGCCGCUGCAGGCCCCCUGCCCACCAUGUACCAGAUUCCUGAGAUGGCCCGUUUGCCCAGUGUGGCUUUCCCCACUGCCAUGAUGCCCCAGCAGGACGGGCAGGUAGCGCAGACCAUUCUGCCAGCCUAUCAUCCUUUCCCAGCCUCGGUGGGCAAGUACCCCACACCCCCAUCCCAGCAUAGCUAUGCGUCCUCCAGUGCCGCUGAGCGAACACCCAGUCACAGUGGUCGCCUGCAAGGCGAGCAUCCCUACCUGACGCCGUCCCCAGAUUCUCCUGACCAGUGGUCAAGCUCAUCGCCCCACUCUGCUUCUGAUUGGUCAGAUGUAACCACCAGCCCUACUCCUGGGGGUGCUGGAGGAGGUCAGCGAGGACCUGGGCCACACAUGUCUGAGCCACCACACAGCAACAUGCAGGUUUACGCGUGAGUCUGCCUCCUGUGUAGAGACAGAACUGCCCAUUGCACAUGCUGCUGAGGAACAAAUGAAGGUCAUCCGGAAGAGAAAUGAAGAAAUCUCUGUGACCAGCUUUUGAAGGCAAGA